CACAUAAGUCAGGAUGAGGCGCUGUCUGAAACCUGAAUUUGCUGUUUCAUUUGGUCAGACUGCUUUCACUUUUGUUAUACAGCGUCUUCACCAAUUUGAGGACACCACUUUUCAGUUAAACUAAAGUGAUUUAAAGAUGAGCUACGAUCGUGCCAUCACAGUGUUCUCACCUGAUGGCCACUUAUUUCAGGUGGAAUACGCACAAGAAGCUGUAAAAAAAGGUUCAACCGCCGUUGGAGUGCGAGGUAAAAAAAUUGUGGUGCUUGGAGUGGAAAAGAAAAGUAUUGCCAAGCUCCAAGAUGACAGGACAGUGCGCAAAAUCUGCGCCUUGGACGACAACGUUUUCCUGGCCUUUGCAGGAUUGACAGCAGAUGCCAGGGUGGUUGUUAACAGGGCUAGGGUGGAGUGUCAGAGUCACAGGCUCACAGUGGAAGACCCAGUGACUGUGGAGUACAUCACACGCUUCAUCUCCAGCAUCAAGCAGCGCUACACCCAAAGCAAUGGACGAAGGCCCUUUGGCAUCUCCUCCCUCAUUGUGGGGUUUGAUUUCGAUGGAACGCCCCAUUUGUACCAAACUGAACCAUCAGGUACAUACCAUGCAUGGAAGGCAAACGCCAUUGGAAGGUCUGCUAAGACGGUGCGAGAGUUUCUAGAGAAGCACUAUAAGGAGGAAGACAUGGAGUCUGAUACCGAAGUAAUUAAACUGGCCAUCAGAGCGCUACUUGAGGUUGUCCAGUCAGGGGGAAAGAACAUUGAACUGGCCAUCAUGAAGCAAGAUGAAUCGAUGAAGAUUCUGGACCAAGAGGAAAUCAAGAAAUAUGUAACAGCAAUUGAAAAUGAAAAGGAGGAAGCAGAGAAAAAAAAGAAAACCUGAACAUCAUUACCAUAAUGUUUAGCCAGCCAAUCUUUAAUGUCGGAUUAGGAAUCUUAUUUACGUAUUUCUCAUUGCUCAUCCAUUGCCUUAAGGAGCGGAUAUUUUUGUUGCAGCCCAGCACUACCACUCCAGAUUAGACAAAUUACUAGGCUCUUGAAGGUGAAUCAGGCUUCUGGUAGAACCCUCCACACUUAAAUGUGGAGGGUUUGGGCAAACAGAAGUCAAAUUUGGUCAAUGACUAGGUGAGCAUCAUAAUUAAUUCAGUGAUCAGAAGCCCCAGGGUGACACGUUGUAUUCAUGUAGCUGAGCUCAUACACCUUGUAAAAAUGUUAUGUACUAUAUUGAUAAACUUUGUUGCUCUUAUGGACCAUAAUGAUAACUUUAUAAUUGACCUUGUUCUUGCAAAUAAAUGUCUGAAUCUAAA